AUGGGUCUCCCUAGCUUGUCCAAGAGCUACCUGUUCUUCACCGUCAUCCAUGUCAUCCUGUUCGCCCUGGCUCUGGCGGUCUGCGGCCUCUAUGGCAACGACCUGAAGAGGGCCAUGGAUAGCGACGUCGACACGGAUUCCAAAUGGAUAUUCGCUGUCGUCGUCGGCGCGCUCUCAGCUGUGACAUGUGUCAUCUACUUUAUCCCAUUCAUCCUCCGCGUCUGCGGUAUCUUCAUCGCCGGCUGGGACUUUAUCCUGUUUAUUCUCUGGAUCGCCGUCUUUGGCGUGUUUGGCAGGAUGUACAUUGGUGAGGAUCCCGAGGGCGUCGGCGCCAUCCGUCUCAUGAAGAAUGCGGUCUGGGUUGAUCUUGCCAACGCGCUUCUCUGGCUCAUUCUGUCUAUCGGCAUGGCCCUGUACUGGUGGAAGGGCGAUCGCCGCUCGAGGUUCACUGGACGCGCGCACGUGUAG